AUGGGCCUCUCAAAAACGAACAGGAUCUUGAUCCUGCUGGUCAUUGACACCGCAUUUUUCCUCCUGGAAUUAAUAGCCGGUUAUUCGGUUCAUUCGCUCGCUCUCGUGGCCGAUUCCUUUCAUAUGUUGAAUGAUGUCAUAUCGUUAUUGGUCGGAUUAUGGGCUGUCAAGGUUGCCAAUCAGGAAACGAAGUCGAAAAUGUACACCUACGGGUGGCAACGUGCGGAAACCCUCGGUGCCUUGGUGAACGGUGUCUUCCUCGUCGCCUUGUGUUUGUCCAUUUUCCUCGAAGCAAUCCAGAGACUCGUCGAGCCACAGGAAGUGAAGAAUCCGAAGUUGGUUUGCAUUGUUGGAUGCUUGGGCCUCCUAUCGAAUCUACUUGGUCUCCUCCUCUUUCAUGAGCACUCUCACGGCCAUGGACAUGGACAUGACCAUUCGAACGAAGAUAUCGAAGAUGUCGAUGCAGCGGAACAAGGGCUUGCUCAUGGUCAUGGGGAAACUACUCUGGCGGACAAGCGGGCUUCUACAGUCACCCGCGACGAUGCAAACGGUGGUACCGAACCAUCUUCUCCUUACUCACGAAAGCGCCGAACUCUGGACUCUCAACGCAGUUCUCGUCGGUACAGCACCGGGACCGGGCGUGGUAUCUUGGGUGUUGAAGACAUUCAAGUUCACCCAGCUACGAUGAGACAGGAGAUCAUUGCUGCCAGUCGGAAUCGCUUCGACGAUGUGUCUUCCGAAUCGGACAGUGACCAGCGAGAAUAUGACGACGGGGACGGUCAGCCGUCGGAGCGAACGAAUCUUCUUGGCAGCAAGGACAGAGCGACCAACUACACCGAUGAGAGCGAUACAGCGCACAAGCGGCAAGAACCCACAGGUGAUGACGACAUCCACCAGUCCCACAACCACGCGCAACCAAAGCCCAAGGAAGGCAAGCAUAAUCACGCACACGGACACGAUCUUAACAUGCGUGGGGUCUUUCUUCACGUUAUGGGCGAUGCGCUUGGCAAUAUCGGUGUGAUCGUUUCGGCUUUAAUCAUUUGGCUGACCAACUACUCAUGGCGGUUCUACGUCGAUCCUGGUAUCUCUCUGGUGAUUACAGUGAUCAUCCUUGCAUCUGCGAUUCCGCUCUGCAAGGCCGCGUCUCGCAUCCUUUUGCAAGCAGUGCCUGCAGGAUUGAGUAUUGAUCACAUCAAAGAAGAUAUCGAGCGUCUUCCUGGCGUCAUCGGAUCUCAUCACUUGCAUGUGUGGCAACUCAGUGACACUAAGCUUGUUGCUUCGAUCCACAUCCAGGUGGACACGGAGAUCAAGGGUGAAGGAUCCGAGCGUUACAUGCGUCUUGCCAGACAGGUUAGGAAAUGCCUACAUGCUUAUGGAAUCCAUUCGUCCACCAUCCAGCCCGAGUUCGCCCCGGAUAGCGAUGCGGAGGACAAUCAAGCGCUUCCUUCAUCGUCUCGUGGAAGCAAUGAUGAACCCUCCGGGUCCAGCAAGCUGCCAAGUCUAGCCGCAAGCCUCCGAGAAGGAGAUCCUCAGGCGUGUCUUCUUGAAUGCGGCGAGGAAUGCGCCCAAAAGGGCCAAUGCUGCCCCAAGAAGUCGUAG